AUGGCGUUCCUGCAGCAGAUGCGCUCCCCCCGCCUCUCCUUCAUCCAGACCGUCGUGUCCCUCUUCACGGGCGGCCUCGCCCUCAUGUCCUCCUACUGGUGCACGGGUAAACAGAAGGUGCCCAAGCCCCUCUGUUCGCCCAACAAGCACAGCAACUGCAUCCCCGUUCCGGGCCUCUCCAACUCCUCCACCGUCCAGUUCUCCUGGGAGACCGGGGACGACCGCUUUGUCUUCCCCGCCUUUCACACGGGCCUGUUCCUCAUCUGCGAGGAAGACAUCUACGAAGACGAUUCGGAGGAGAAGUGUCGAGGGUUUCAUACGUUGACUCCAGGAUCUGAAAAAGCUAUGAUGUGGCUGUCUCUGUCGUUGGAGAUCAUGUAUGUGGGUCUGCUGUUAAUCAGCUGCACACUGCUGUCCAUGCAGUUGUGUAUCAGGGCCUGGUGCCCCUCAACGCAGCGCUGGGGCCAGCUGCUCAACGCUUUCGCUGCCGUCUUCACAGUCCUGGGAGGUCUGCUUGGGAUGGUUGGUCACAUGAUGUACAUGCAGGUGUUUCAAACCACAGCCUCAAUGGGUCCAGAAGACUUCAAGCCUCACAGCUAUGGCUACUCCUGGGCAUUCUAUAUGGCCUGGUUUGCCUUCACGGUCUGCAUGUCAGCCGGCGUCUCCACUCUGAACAACUACACCAAGAAGGUGCUGAUGGUGGGACCCAGGCAUAGCCCCAGCCUCAACGCCUGCAGCUUUAACUUCGUGGGCCUCCUGCCACCUUAUUACACCCCUGCGCACCCAGCCGUCGCCCUGGCCUGCCCCCCGUCUCCCCCCCGGAUCUCCCACUUGUCCCCCUACUACGAUCCCCCUGCAGCGGCCUUACGGGCCUCCACGUCGAGGCUCGCGCACUCCCACUCCCUGCCUCUCCCUCACUCCGAAUCCUUCCCUCCUCCCCCCUCCCACCCUGCGCCUGCAUCCCCGUACCACCGCCUCUCCCUCCCAUCUCCGUCUCCAUCCCCCACACCGUCCGUCUCAGUCCACCUGACGCUGCCAGGACACCAGGAGAGCCAUUACGGGCCCGAGGAGGACUACAGCCCACUUUGA